UUGCUUCCUUACCGCAUUCCCUCUCUCUGCUUUCUCCUACCCCUCCCACCCUUCCACCCCGUCAGGCAAUAGAGUCUAACGAGACACAUCACUACCUAUCUACAUAUCCACGUAAACGCGCACACAUGACGGAUUCAAAAGGAGAAUAUCGUGUCGCCAUUAACGAUUCAGCAGACGUUGGCAAAUCCUCUACUACUGCUCCAGGACCUUCCAUCGUCGCCCCUUCUCUAUUUACGCUUUCUCCCGGAACACGCGCCGCACUACCCAUUGCAAGUUAUUGUUGUGCAAGCAUCUUGAUGACCGUUACCAACAAGUAUGUAGUGAGCGGCUAUGGAUUCAACAUGAACUUUCUGUUACUGACAGUUCAAAAUGUGGUCACUGUAAUGUUACUUCAAACGUUUAAAUUCCUCAAUCUGAUCAAAUUCCGAGAUUUCGAUAAAGAUGAGGCACGCAAGUGGUUUCCUAUUGCGGGAGCACUUGUAACAAUGAUCUACACGGGCUCAAAAUCGCUGCAAUAUCUGCGAAUCCCGAUAUACACGAUCUUUAAAAAUCUGACAAUUAUUCUAAUUGCAUAUGGAGAAGUCCUUUGGUUUGGUGGAAACGUCACUCGAUUAAUGCUGAUUUCUUUUGUCUUGAUGGUCCUUUCUUCUGUCAUUGCUGGAUGGGCCGAUGUAUCUGAAACGCUUUCCGAAAUCGUCACGAUGGACAGCACAUUUAUCGGCUACUUUUGGAUGGCAACAAACUGUUUCUCAUCGGCAGCAUUCGUCUUGUAUAUGCGCAAGCGCAUCAAGUUGACCAACUUUAAGGAUUUCGACACUGUAUACUACAACAACCUGUUAUCCAUUCCACUUUUGAUCAUCCCAUCCCUUAUUUUUGAAGAUUGGAGCGUUGAAAACUUUGCCAGAACUUUCCCUGAGGAGAUUCGUUCACAGAUGAUUUACGCCAUGGUCUUUUCUGGCGUGUCUGCAUUCGCCAUGUCCUAUGCAUCGGCUUGGUGUGUGCGUUCCACCUCUUCUACAACAUAUUCCAUGGUUGGUGCCUUAAACAAAUUGCCAAUCGCAGUUUCUGGCAUCAUGUUCUUUGGUGACCCUGCCACAUUUGCCAACGUUACUGCCAUCUUUAUUGGAUUCGUUGCCGGUCUUGUCUAUUCAUACGCCAAAACAAUCGGUAGCAAGCCUGCUAAUAACCAACCUCAAAGUAUUCCCAUGUCAGCCUCCAGCCAAAGUGCUGCCGAUGCUGCCAAAGCAAACGGGAAAUUGUAAAUUGUAGACCAACCGAAAACCUAUAUCGCUUUUCUCUCACUCGCACAUAUCACCACAACCACCAACACCAUCCCCAUCAG